ACCAAAGAGGAAUAUGUGGUAAAGGUUUUUUCCGUGGCACAAAUGAAUUUCUUUCUUUUUUUCGUUUUUGUUUUUUCCUUAAAAAAUCAAUGUCCUUGCUUUACAAGUUUUUCUUCUACCUCAAAUUUGCAACAAGUUUUCAUUGAAUGAUCAACAAAUACAAAAUAUCUGUGUUGGAAGCAAAGUUUCAGAACAAAGUUACAACCUUUAUGAGAAAAUAAGCAAAGGGUAUGGCACAGUUCACUACUCACGGUCGCUUGAAGCUGUUUUUCAAUGGGGAAAGUGUGUCAUCUUUUUUGGAGAACAGAGACCCUUUUCAAUUCAAGUGUAGAUCAGUUCAGACCCACAGGAGAAGAUCAAGUUACAAAGGUUCUUCUUCUUCUUCUUCCGCUGCUAGAUUUCACCAUGCAUCUUCUUCAUUGCUCAGAAGCAAAUCAAACUGUUACAAUGCUGAAGCACGCCCAAGUGAGGGUGUUCAUGAUGAAUAUGGAUAUGUUUUUGAAUAUAAUGAUUAUGAUGAUGAUGAUGAUAGUGAAGAUGAUGAUGAGGAUGAUGUGUUUGAGGGAGAUGGCUUGUCUUUUUUCCGGGGUCUUGUGUUGGAUAUAUCUUAUAGGCCAGUCAAUGUUGUAUGCUGGAAGCGUGCCAUUUGUUUAGAGUUCAUGGAGAAGGCUGAUGUACUAGAGUACUAUGAUAAGACUGUGAACUCGCCCAGCGGGUCUUUCUAUAUACCAGCUGUGUUAAGGAUUCGUCAUUUACUUCAGGUUAUUAAAAGAAGAAGAGUCUCAAAGAACACUCUUAGUCGGAAAAAUAUUCUGUUUAGAGACAAUUACACCUGUCAGUAUUGCUCUUCGCAUGAGAAUUUGACCAUUGAUCACGUUGUGCCAGCUGCACUAGGGGGAGGAUGGACAUGGGAAAAUCUAGUGACUGCUUGUUACAAAUGCAACUCAAAGAAAGGUCGAAAGUCCAUAGAGGAAGCGAAAAUGAAGCUGAAUAAGGUCCCAAAGGCACCAAAGGACUAUGACGUUCUUUCCAUACCUCUAACUGCAGCAGCUCUAAGAGUGCUGACAGCAAGAAAGGGGACACCAGAUGAAUGGCGUCAAUAUCUAAGUUCCGACUUUAGAACCAUGAGUUAGUGCGUGUUUGGAUUCAUGAUGAGUUUGAUAAAAUCACCGUGCAAAAGCUAUAAUUUGGAGCUUUAGCAAAAUUACAAUGUCACUGUGACUUUGUCAAACCUGUCGUGAUUCCAAACAUGCACUUAUGGCUAUGCAUUCCUGUGUGUGAUGCGAGUCACGCCGAUUCUCUUUGCUUUGCCAGAAAAAGAAACUUCACAAGUAGGUUACUGUAAGUAACUUAAAUUGAUGAUAAAGUAUUAAUUGUAAACAAUACUAUCCAAUAUCAGGGAUUGUGUAAAAUUUAUGUAUAGUAAGUUCCUGCCUAAUGUAUUUUAUGAUGGCACAGACCUCUUCAUUUGUAUGUAGUAGUCUUGGUGAAAUGAACACAAUUGAUGUAACUAAUAUAUCCUUAAAGUUUAACCCUUUGAUCUGUUA